UGAGACCUUUCUCCUAUUGGCGACUGAUUAAAAAGUCACGCAUGCGCCCAAUUCUCGUCUUCGGACUUCAAUAAAAACACGACUCGAACGAGCAGGAAGGAAAACGGCGAUUAUCUACCGCAAAUCUUCUCCCUCUCGCCGCCUGGCCGUCGGAGAACGGUGCUCUUCGGCGGUUAUUCGGCCCAUUCUGGCGGGAGAACGGCGGGAUCCUAGGGACAUAGGGUUUGCUCUAUCCAUUUUGCGGUGAAAGAUGGAGGAGUGGCGGCGGUGGCUGGCGUCUCUGAUUCCUGGCAGCAGCUCAAUCCCCAGGUCCGCGCUUGCCGUCCUCCUCGUCUACUCCUUCUCUUCUCAAUUCCUCCCGAUCGAGCCCUACUUCGUCCCUUACAUCACAUCGGUCAAGAAGUUCACCAAUCACCAGUGUAUUUGAUGGAAACAUGAGUUGCAGUCCGGGACACCAACAUUUCACCCUCAAGAGGUCACAGUUGACAUAUUUCCGAUCAGUGUCUAUUCUCAACUUAUAUUCACAUUGCUCAUGGCACCUGUAUGCUUGUAUCUUUCACAUAAGGUACUGAUAAUUUUAGGGGCUUUUGGACUACUUAUUACUUACCUGAUUGUUUGGAUUGGGCAGUCACUUCUGGCAAUGCAAAUUAUGCAGAUUACAUAUGGUUUUGGAGCAUCAACACGGUUGGUGUUCUCCUCAUAUAUAUUUCUUCUUGUUUCUGAAGAAGAAUAUCAGACCAUGACUAGUUUAACUACAACAAUCUCACUUUUGUCCUUUAUGUUGUCUUCUGAAUUGGGCCAGUUGCUAGCUCUUCAAGAAGCUCCUUAUGAUAUAUUCUUUGUUAUUUCUCUAAUUGCUCUAGGUAUAUGUUGUUCCAUGACAUUUAUAUUGCCCAAAGACCAUUCUCUGAGCUCUUUAUCUUCUUUGACAAAUAGUUGGGACCAAAGCAAGCAGGGAUGGACUUCUGUGUUGAAGGAAACAUGGCAUGGUCGAAGUUUACAGAUUUUCUCUUUGUGGUGGGCUGUUGCAUUUGCUGGUAUUUCCUUAGUACAGAACUAUGGAACAAACCUCUUUGAAGCUGUUGACCCAAAAUCAAAACUUAAUGGGCACAUUCUAGCAGCAUCUGAGUUAGCAGCAAGCCUUGGGUCUUAUUGUGCCAUUUAUAUUGAAAAGUUUGCGAGUAAAUCGUGCCUGUCAAUCUACAUGGUUGGUUCAGCAUUGAUGGGCAUUCUCUGUGUUUGCAUGGGAUUUUCUUCAAAGAUUUGGGUCGCAUAUUGUUUGUACGUAAUAAUCUGUGGGAUCUAUCAGACUCUUGCUUGCCUUGUCAGCGUGCGGUGUGGCCAUCUAAUAUCAAAUGGACAAUAUAUCCUCCUGUUCUCCAUCAACAGUUUUGCUGGGCUUCUGGUCGAGACAUUACUUCAGGCAGCUAUUGAGAUUUCUGGAUUAUCAAUAUUUUCUCAAUUCAUAUCCUUUUCUGGAUUCUUCUUUUUGGCAACAGCUAUUUGUGUUGGGCUUUGCUUCGUUGAUAGCAGCAGAACUUCAUAUUUGGUGUUAGAAACUGAACCUGAACAUCUUAUUUCUGAUAGCACUUAAUGCAUGCUUUGCACACUUCUUGGCAGCCACAUUAGCAGAGAUGGCAACCCAUUUGGGUAGUUCACUUUCUCUGAGUAGAGAAAAAAGGAUAGUGUGAGUUAUAUCAUCCAGAAGAUGUGAUUGAUUCAUUUAAAUUAUGAAGCCUCUCCAUUCAAUGCAAUGCAGAUACAGGACAAGGACUCAAUUUUCAUUCAAAGUGAUAGGUACCGUAGGAAAGCAAAACAAUGAAUUUGUUUGCUUAGACAGCUGGGUGUAUAUGAAGGAACCAGAUUCAGGAUGCUCUGAUAACAGAUUAUAUUUGUACAUGACUGAAAAUUUUCAAUCAUGUUAAGCUUUCUGAAAUAAUUAUGCAAUGAUUGCAGUUUAUUGUUUGUCCACCCUUUUGAGUCAUCGUUCUUUAUAUGUCAACUUUUCUCUUGCAAGGCGAUGAACACUUUAUGUAAAUUCAAGGCCUGUUCCAAUAGUAAUGUGGCAGUGAAUCUGGAGGAAUCAAAUUUAA